CUCAGAGUGGAUGCAGUUUCUACGUAGAUCACUUUAUGUUCUGUAAUCAUGUCUAUUAGUGUGACAGAGAGCGACGAACUUCCUAGGUUUUUUGUGGGCGGCGAAGAUGGAGAUGAGCUUUUGGAUCAAGGCAGAUCUUCAGAAUUUGAUUCCUUCUAUGAUCAUAUUGAAGAUGAAGAUGAUGAGUAUGAUUCUCCACCAGAAAGACAGAUUGCGGUUGGAAUAUGUUCAAUGGCAAAGAAAUCCAACUCGAAACCAAUGAAAGAAAUACUGGAACGCCUUUCCAUGUUUAAAUAUAUUACAGUAGUAAUAUUUGAAGAGGAUGUGAUUUUGAAUGAGCUCGUGGAAAACUGGCCUUUGUGUGACUGUCUCAUUUCUUUUCAUUCUAAAGGGUUUCCAUUGGACAAAGCUGUUGCCUAUGCAAAACUCAGGAAUCCAUUUGUUAUUAAUGAUUUGAAUAUGCAGUAUCGCAUACAAGACAGAAGAGAAGUUUAUAGCAUUCUUAAAGCUGAAGGCAUUUUACUUCCUCGUUAUGCUGUUCUAAACCGUGAUCCAAACAACCCACAAGAAUGUAACUUGAUUGAGGGAGAAGAUCACGUGGAGGUUAAUGGAGAAAUUUUCCAAAAGCCAUUUGUAGAAAAGCCUGUUAGUGCCGAGGACCACAACGUGUAUAUUUAUUACCCAACAUCUGCUGGAGGAGGAAGUCAGAGGCUUUUUCGGAAAAUUGGCAGCAGAAGCAGUGUUUAUUCCCCUGAAAGCAGUGUGAGGAAAACCGGUUCAUACAUUUAUGAGGAAUUCAUGCCUACAGAUGGCACUGAUGUGAAGGUGUACACUGUAGGUCCAGAUUAUGCACAUGCAGAAGCUCGCAAAUCACCUGCUCUGGAUGGGAAGGUAGAGCGGGACAGUGAAGGGAAAGAAGUCAGGUAUCCAGUCAUCCUUAAUGCAAGAGAGAAGUUGAUAGCCUGGAAAGUAUGCCUUGCAUUUAAGCAAACGGUUUGUGGCUUUGAUUUGUUGCGUGCAAAUGGACAAUCCUACGUCUGUGAUGUAAACGGCUUCAGCUUUGUGAAGAACUCAAUGAAAUAUUAUGAUGAUUGUGCUAAAAUUCUUGGAAAUAUCAUAAUGCGAGAACUCGCUCCACAAUUUCAAAUACCAUGGUCCAUACCUUUAGAAGCAGAAGAUAUUCCUAUUGUGCCAACUACAUCAGGGACAAUGAUGGAACUUAGAUGUGUUAUUGCUGUUAUACGGCAUGGGGAUCGGACACCAAAACAAAAAAUGAAAAUGGAAGUUAAACAUCAACGAUUUUUUGAUCUUUUCGAAAAAUGCAAUGGAUUUAAGUCUGGGAAGCUAAAACUGAAAAAACCUAAGCAAUUACAGGAAGUACUUGAUAUUGCAAGACAACUUUUAGUAGAACUUGGGCAAAACAAUGACUCUGAAAUUGAAGAAAGCAAGGCUAAACUUGAACAAUUGAAAACUGUGUUGGAAAUGUAUGGACAUUUUUCUGGUAUAAAUCGCAAAGUUCAGCUGACAUACCUCCCUCAUGGUUGCCCCAAAACGUCUAGUGAAGAAGAAGAUAGCCACAAAGAAGAGCCAUCUCUACUCUUGGUUCUCAAAUGGGGAGGAGAACUGACACCUGCAGGCCGAGUGCAAGCAGAGGAACUAGGAAGAGCUUUCCGGUGCAUGUACCCAGGUGGACAAGGAGACUAUGCUGGAUUUCCUGGAUGUGGUUUACUGAGACUGCAUAGUACCUAUCGGCAUGAUCUCAAAAUAUACGCUUCUGAUGAAGGAAGAGUUCAGAUGACUGCAGCAGCUUUUGCAAAGGGACUGCUUGCAUUGGAAGGAGAGCUCACUCCUAUCCUUGUCCAGAUGGUUAAAAGUGCUAAUAUGAAUGGUCUACUUGACAGUGACAGUGACUCUCUUAGCAGCUGCCAGCAUCGUGUGAAGGCUCGACUUCAUGAAAUACUUCAGAGAGACAGAGACUUUACUUCUGAAGAUUUUGAAAAGCUCGCACCACCUGGCAGCAUUUCUCUGAUAAAAUCAAUGCAAGAGAUAAAAAAUCCUGUUAAGACAUGUGACAAGGUGUAUUCCUUGAUUCAGAGUUUGACUACUCAGAUCAGGCAACGGAUGGAAGAUCCUAAGUCCACAGAUAUUCAGCUUUACCACAGUGAAACCCUGGAGCUUAUGCUGCGCAGAUGGGCCAAGCUUGAAAAGGACUUUAAAACAAAGAAUGGAAGAUAUGAUAUUAGUAAAAUCCCAGAUAUCUAUGACUGUAUAAAAUAUGACGUCCAGCAUAAUGUCUCCUUAAAACUAGAGAAUACAAUGGAACUGUACAGGCUGUCAAAAGCAUUGGCUGAUAUUGUGAUACCACAGGAAUAUGGUAUUAAUGAAGUUGAGAAACUAGAGAUCGCAAAAGGUUACUGCACUCCUCUACUGAGGAAAAUCCGGUCUGAUCUUCAAAGGACUCAAGAUGAUGAUACUGUAAACAAGCUUCAUCCUUUGUACUCCAGUGGGGUUACGUCUCCUGAACGUCAUGUUCGAACAAGAUUGUACUUCACUAGUGAGAGUCAUGUCCAUUCCUUAUUAUCAACUUUACGUUAUGGUUCCUUGUGUGAUCAAUCUAAAGAUGAACAGUGGAAGCGAGCUAUGGAUUAUCUCAGUGUUGUCAGCGAACUCAAUUACAUGACCCAGAUUGUUAUUAUGCUGUAUGAGGAUCCAAACAAGGAGCUUUCAUCAGAAGAGCGUUUCCAUGUGGAAUUACACUUUAGUCCAGGAGCUAAAGGUUGUGAAGAGGAUAAAAAUUUACCAUCAGGCUUUGGCUAUAGACCUGCUUCUAGAGAGAAUGAUGGGCCAAAGAAAUCUUCGCUUAGAAUUGACAGUGAUGAAGAAUCACAUUCUUCUAAAAGGGAUGAAACGGAUCGAUCUAUAAUGAUGUUCAAGCCAAUGGUGUCAGAUCCAAUUCAUAUACACAGAAAGUCACCCCUUCCAAGAUCCAGGAAAAUUGGUUCAGUGGAAGAAGAGAGCCCCCUGAGUGUGUCUAGCCCAGAGUGUAUUGGUACCUGGCUGCAUUACACCAGUGGUGUGGGUACUGGGCGUCGAAGACGCAGAUCAGGGGAACAAAUCACUUCCUCCCCUGUCUCCCCUAAAUCAUUGGCUUUCACGUCCAGUAUUUUUGGCUCAUGGCAACAGGCGCAGUUUAGGAGUGUUCAUUUGGUCCCACCAGAAAACAACAGUCACUUUCGAACACCAAGGACAAUUGUGGAGCAAAAGACAAGUGGCAUAGGGUCUCACUGUGCGGGCCUGUUUAGCACCACUGUGCUCGGGGGUUCUUCAAGUGCACCUAACCUACAGGAUUAUGCUCGUAUCCAUCGUAUAAAGGUGACUUCUUCUGGCUGCAUAGAUGGUAUGUGCACACUUUCGCACAUGCACUUACACACACACACUCGUUUGUGCACAUCAGAACUUUGAA